AUGACCAGGUGGUCCAGUUCAGCUGCUCUCGGCUCUCGGCUCGCACCCGUAACUCGCGCCCCGGCUCGGCUGCUACUUCUCGGCUACAGCUCCGCGUCUACGAACGGUCGACGGCGCCGCGAUUGUGGGCGACGUCGAUGUAGGUCGCAGGCGCAACAGUCAUCACUCGUUGCCAUUAUGCAGAGCUUUCUUCAAAGCCUCCGAGAAAUAAAUUGGGCUCAGGUCCAACGCGAUUUUCACAACAUCUUUACAAAACUCAUUCGGACCCGUGAUCCGAGGGACUUCGAGACCAACGAGGGAAGCCCUGGAACGGGAAGGCGUCGCCUAUCAAGAUGCCUAACGACGUUGGAUCUAACAUCCCUGGGAGUGGGAUCUUGCGUCGGUACCGGGAUGUACCUUGUAACUGGGAUGGUGGCGCGCAAGUACGCUGGGCCCGCUGUGGCUCUGAGCUUUGUCAUCGCAGCAAUCGCCAGCCUCCUUUCCGGUGCCUGUUAUGCUGAAUUUGGUGUAAGGGUCCCAUACACCACCGGAUCGGCCUACGUGUACUCAUACGUGACGGUUGGAGAGUUUGUCGCCUUUGUGAUUGGUUGGACCAUGGUAAUGGAAUAUAUGAUCGGUACGAGUGCGUGUGCUCGCGCUUUGAGUGCAUGCUUUAACACCCUAAGCAAUGGAUCUAUCGCAAACCACCUAGAGAUCAAUGUUGGAACCUUGUUUGGAAAACCACCCGACUUCGUUGCUUUCGGUAUCACGAUUUUUAUGACCAUGAUCUUGGUUGGAGGCGUAAGGAAAUCCCUUUUCUUCAAUAACGUUCUGAACGCGAUUAACCUAAGCGUGUGGGUGUUCAUUGUGACUGCCGGGCUCUUUUACGUAGACUUGAAUAAUUGGACGGAGCACAAGGGAUUCUUGCCCUACGGCUGGAACGGAGUGUUUAGCGGCGCUGCAACUUGUUUCUACGCGUUUAUUGGUUUCGACAUCAUUGCCACGACCGGAGAGGAGGCGAACAAUCCGAAAAGGUCAAUCCCACUAGCGAUCGUCCUCAGUCUGGGCAUCAUUUUGCUUGCAUACGUCAGCAGCUCCCUCGUGCUUACUUUAAUAGUGCCGUACGAAAGUGUGGACCCCGAUUCGGCGCUCGUGCAGAUGUUCGACUACGUCCAGGCCCCGACGUGCAAAUACAUAGUCGCCGCGGGGGCUGUGGCCGGACUGUUGGUCUCUUUGUUCGGUUCCAUGUUCCCCAUGCCGCGCGUCAUCUACGCUAUGGCCCAAGACGGACUCAUUUACCGACCUCUUGGAUCAAUAUCGGACGACAACGGUGCCCCUGCAUUUGCCACUAUUGUUGGUGGCAUAGCGGCCUCUUUGAUAUCGCUUGUGGUACAGCUGGAAGUCCUCGUUGAAAUGAUGAGCAUUGGAACUCUGCUUGCUUACACCCUAGUCGCUACAUGCGUGCUAGUGUUGAGAUAUCAACCAAAUUCCUUAAACCUAAUUGAGCUAUUACCACAAAAUGUUCGAACACCCGCUGACCCCGAAGCUGGCACCUCCACACAAAGGGUCACUGGAUUUUCGGUGACCUCUCAGACGCAGAUCUUGCCGCCGAACCAACGUGUGAUGGUUCGCCGCGUCACGCGAAGCUCCCCGGAUUCCGAUGACACCCUGCCCGGCGAUGAGAGUGAGGAUUACGGCAGAGACGAUACCUUCCUCAUGAAUCCUCACACUGAGAACAAGUUUUAUGGGGCAGUUCCUGGUGGAUCUGUUGGUUACUCGCGUUGCAGACGCUUCUUUGAAGCUCUGUGCCGUCAUAUUCAUUCUAUGUCCUACCUGUGCCCGUGGCUACUGCCAUGGGUCGACCGCGGCCCAGCUACUGCAGCCAGUGGACUGUACGUGAUCAAGUUGGUUGGUCUAAUGUAUGUUUUGGUGAUAAUAUUCGACAUUUUCGCCGCUUACGGUGACUUUACAACGUCCACCUUUACCGCCGUCGUGAUGUGUCUGUUAUUACUGGGUAUCUUUACUAUCUUGUUGCUGAUCUCGAAGAAACCGCAAAACCGGACUGGGCUUAUGUAUAUUUGCCCUGCUGUGCCCUUCACGCCGGGACUCGCAAUCCUCAUUAAUGUGUAUCUGAUUCUUAAUCUGUCCUUCUUGACUUUGGUCCGUUUCGCUGCUUGGAUGAUCUUGGGUUUGAUUGUGUACUUCAAAUAUGGCAUCAAGAAUUCAACACUGGAAAUAAGUCCACCAGCACGUCAGGUUACACCUCCACCUCCUAACCCUCUAGAACGGACCACAAUACCUCCACCUGCUAGUCAACCACUUCCCAUUGGAGAUCGCAAUAUUUUCGAAGGAGAUGGAAACAACCGAAUGUUUGGUUCCUACGACUACUCGGCCCCGGUGCUCACUUGGCACGUAACUGAAAUGGAACCCCUUCCGUCUCACAGCGGUGGAAGCUCCAACAGCAAUACCUUCAAGCAAGUGGAAACUCGUUACGACAUGGAAACUAACAGUACAUCAUCGCACACGUCGAGCCGUCCGCCGUGGGCCUACCCUGACGCCAUAUAUGGCAACUGGGAAGAC